UAAGAUGGAGUGUAGUGAACAUUGUAUGAAUACGAUAAUAAAAAUAAUUCAAAAGCACGGGACCAUGCUCCCUGCCUUAAAAGUUCGGCAAGUAUGAGGUAGUACUUCCCUCACCAAGCAGCUCAAAUGCAGCAUGCGUUGAACUGUCAUCCAGAUGACCAGCAUGAUCUCCCACUACCCUCUGGCCACCAUCUUGCCUUGGCCUCCAGCCCCCAGCCACCACUACCCCGACUUGGACUGCACCCUGCUGCUGGAGGGCGAUGGAGGGGUCGCCCUGCAAAGAUAUCAGGCUCGCUCCCCAGAAGGAAGCCCACGACACUGGAGCUCCGUGCAGGACUGGGGGGAGGAAGUGGAGGAAGGAGCCAUCUACAAUGUGACUCUGAAAAGGGUUCAGAUUCAACAGGCGGCCAACAAGGGUGCAAGAUGGCUGGGGGCCGAAGGCGACCGCUUGCCUCCAGGCCACACAGUGAGCCAGCUAGAGACCUGCAAGAUUCGAAGCAUCCGUGCCGGAACCCUGGAGCGUCUGGUGGAGACGCUAUUGACGGCAUUCGACGACAAUGACCUCACGUACACCUCAAUUUUCCUGUCCACCUACAGAGCCUUCGCCAGCACACAGACGGUACUACAGCUGCUGCUUGACAGGUAUGGAAGUGUGGAAGAAAAACAGCUAGAUGCCAAGAGAAGCCAAGUCUCUGAAACCAAUGGAGCCAUCAGAAAUGCCUUAGCCUCUAUCCUGCGUGCCUGGCUGGACCAAUGUCCUGAAGACUUCCAGGAGCCUCCAGACUACCCCUGCCUUCACAGGCUGAUGGAUUACCUCCGUAGGGCCCUGCCUGGCUCAGAGGCCCUACGACGGGCAGAGGGUCUGCUAGAACAGCUGCGGAUACAAGCCAGCAUGGAUGAAUCUGAUGCUGGCUUGCAUGGCACCACUUCCUACUGCCCAGGGGAGGAUGAUGAAGUGGACAUGGAAGUCCAAGAGGACUUCAUGUCCUUUGAAUCCGAUCUGGUGGCCGAGCAGCUGACCUACAUGGAUGCACUGCUGUUCAAAAAAGUGGUACCACACCACUGCCUGGGCUCUAUCUGGUCCCAGAGGGACAAAAAACACAACAAGCACAGCGCCCCCACCAUUAGGGCCACCAUCACUCAGUUCAACGCAGUGGCGGCUUGUGUGGUCAGCACAGUGCUAAGACAUCGACAGAUACGGCCGCAUGUCAGAGCACGGGUCAUCCAGCGCUGGAUAGACGUUGCUCAGGAGUGUCGCAUACGUAAGAAUUUCUCCUCCUUGCGAGCCAUUGUUUCCGCGCUGCAGUCCAACCCUCUGUACAGAUUAAAGAGAGUGUGGAACUACGUACACAAAGACAGCAUGCAGACGUUCGAGGAGCUGUCUGACAUCUUUUCCGAUCACAACAACUACCUGACCAGCAGAGAGCUGCUCAUGAGGGAAGGUACUUCAAAGUUUGCCAGUCUGGAGAGUUGUGCCAAGGAGCAUCAGAAACGUACCCACAAGAGACUUCAGCUGCAGAAGGAAAUGGGAGCCAUGCAGGGAACCAUACCCUACUUGGGGACUUUUCUAACGGACUUGACCAUGCUCGAUACAGCACUUCCUGACCUUGUGGAGGGUGGUCUGAUCAACUUUGAGAAGAGACGCAGGGAGUUUGAGGUGAUUGCCCAGAUCAAGCUGCUCCAGUCGGCCUGCAACAGCUACUGUCUGACUCCAGAAAAGGUGUUCCUACGUUGGUUCAAGAGCCAAACUCAGCUCAGUGAGGAGGAAAGUUAUGCCUUGUCAUGUGAAGUCGAAGGUCUCGGUGAGAGCAGCCCGACAUCACCCAAGCCUCGAAAAAGCAUGGUGAAGAGACUGAGCCUGCUCUUCCUUGGGACAGACAGCAGUGCAUCCAGUUCUCCAGUCAGAGAGACACCACGCUCGCCCCCUACUGGCAGCUCAGGGGAGAGCAUGGACUCUGUCAGCGUGUCUUCCAGUGACUCCAGCAGCCCCUCAGACAGUGAAGGACUGACCCCCAGCCAUGGCUCGGACCUCCAGCAAAACAAGCUGUCCGAGUCUUCUUCUUGCACUUCCCUACACUCCAUGGACACAGGCUCAUCCACCACCAGCGUCUCCAUGAUGCCCGUGUCUCCCUCAAUUCCCGGCCCCCCCUGCACCCACAGACGCUCCGUGUCCCUCACUCCCAUGUCGUCGCCCUCCCCGAGCCAAACCCCGGCAUACAACACGCAGGCCCAGGACGCUUGUAUCAUCAGAGUCAGCCUGGAGCAUGGUAAUGGUAACCUCUACAAGAGCAUACUGCUGACCAGUCAAGACAAGACAAGGGCUGUCAUAUCCAGAGCCAUGGCCAAACAUAACCUAGAGGAGGAGCCAGAAGAAGGCUAUGAGCUGGUCCAGGUCAUCUCUGAGGAAAGAGAGCUGAUAAUACCUGACAACGCCAACGUCUUCUACGCCAUGAACACCUCAGCCAACUUUGACUUCUUGUUGCGUGUGCGAGGUUCGUUGGGUCGUCCGGUGCAGCUCCGUAGUCGCUGCAGCACCACGCUGCCACGGUCUCAGCAGCACCGCUCCAGCCUCUCACUCAGACUUAGCAAAGUCACACUGUGACCCUUAAAUACUGGCCCACUGCUCACCACAAAGCCCUUUUUACGGCCCUGAAGUGUGCCAUUCUUCCUCUUCCUGCCCUGUAUCCAUGCAGGCUUCUGUGACUUGACUAGUGAGAGACAGUGACGCUGUGUGGCCUCCUCUUGCUACUGCAGCAGGGUUUUGCACAUGUACAAAAAAGGGAGUCUGCAGCGCUCCUGAACCAGUAUUCUUCUAUAGAAGCAACUUUAUCCUGUGUAGCUCAAUGAGAAGCAGCCUUUUACUGACCAAUGAGUGGACCUCAGACAGUAUUCAUGUUAAAAAACAAAACCUCUCGUGUGUUAACUGUGAGCUGUGUGACGAAUGCACAUUCUGCAUUCUGAUUGGUUCCCUUUACUUGGUUUUAACAAGUCUUUCGGCCUUAUUAAUGUAUCUUUUAUGAUAUGAACUACAGCAUUGCACUUGUCACUUGGUAAGAAGAUGCCAAUGGGAUGUGAAUACACCAAUGAAAUAUGACUUAUUUGUCAAUGUUGCUUUUUUAUGUUUGUUUUUGUUUGUUUUGUAACGUCAGUCCUUUGGAGGGUUCAUGGAGGAUUUUUCUUCCUGCCGAAAUGUUAAUGAAUGAAUUCAGGAUGUCCGCAGAAAAGAAAUAGAUAAUGUGAUGCCUUGGCAGCACUUUUCAAAGUGGGAAAAUUUAGCCUGCCCUUACUGAAUACACAACAAAAUUUAACACCAAUUUUAACAUAUCUUAGUGGGGUUUGACACCAAAAAGAUACAUUAAACAAAAAUCUUUCUGCCUUUGGUGUGUAGCUGAAGCUAGUGUAACAGUUGUAAAAAAAAAAAUCCCAAGCUGCUGUGUCAAACCCUGAAGUCCUAAGGCAUCCGUGGAUGGGUUGCAAACUCACUUUUGAAAGUGCUGCUUAACCAUUUGAGCCUUGAUUGUUUUGAUAUUUUGUUUUCACUGCAUUGUCUCUUCCCUGUAUUAACACUGUUAUUGAAAGAUCCAUUACAACCAAAGUCACUCUGUGUUAGUGAAAUCAAAUGAUGUUGGCAGCACUUAAUGUGUCGUUUCAAAAUACCCCGUCAGUCUCGGUUCUUCAGUAUUGUUCAUUGCCAAAGACUCUUACGCUACCUGCAUCAAUAAAUUAUUAUCACUUGC